AUUCUCAAAUGGACUUGGUCGAAAUUCAAGAUGGCCGCGCCCAAGGAAGAACGGAGCCAACACGUGGGGUCUCAGAAAAUGACCAAAGACCAAAGGAAAGCCGUGAUUAACGACAUCAAGGAACAUGAAAAAUUGUUUCUUGAGAGUAGAGGACACUCUAACUCCUUGGUGGAAUUGCUGGAGAUUGUCCAGUCCGAUGACAAGUCCAUCACUGCUGCUGCGGUCAAGAGUCUCCACAAGAUAUUCUCCCACCUCUUCAGUAAAGAUGCGCUGACUUCAGCCAAAGCGAAGCCGACAUCCAAGAAAGGCGACUCAGAGAGGGAGGAUGCCAGCAUGAAGCCGGAGGAUCAGUACAAGGCCUGGCUGCAGGACAGGUAUCAUGACUGCCUCAGGUGCUUGGCUCGGGGGAUGGAGAACUUCUCGGAGGCUCCCGCAGUUCAGGAGUUGUGUCUGUGUAGCCUGAUGAAGCUUCUUCAAGCCGAGUCAAACCAUCCUUUGAGGACCAAGGAAUUGCAGGGAUAUGUGUUCCCAGUCAGUGUGCUGUCUCAUGUUGUUCCCAAGCUUCUGUCCAAGGAUUUGGACAUGAAGGAUCUGAUCAGCCGAUUCCAGGAAUAUCUGGAGUACGAUGACAUCAGGUUUCACGUUCUCAUACAGGUCAGACUACAGCUUGCCAAAGUUGCCAAGGAAGAUGCAAAACAGGACCUUGCUACUCUCUGCAACAACACAUUUGCCUUAUUGGAGCAUGUUACCAUGCCAACAGCAGAGGAAGACAUCAACAAUUUCAUGUGUAGAGCACCGCAGGACGAUGACGAAGCCAAGAUAAUGUCUCUCAAGGAGCACAGGCGACAUUUCAGCGAUGCCUGGCUCAUCUUCCUGGGCCUGACAUUACCUCCAGCCAUCUACAAGAAGACCCUGGUUAUUCUUCAUGAGGCGGUCAUGCCACACCUGACCAACCCUCUCCUACUCACUGACUUCCUGACCAUUUCCUACAGCAUCGGUGGUGCUAUCAGUCUGCUAGCACUCAACGGGCUGUUCAUUCUUAUUACCAAACACAACUUGGAAUAUCCUGAGUUUUACAAGAAGCUGUACGCAUUGUUUGAGCCGAGCAUCUUCCAUGUCAAGUACAGGGCCAGGUUCUUCCACUUGGCAAAUCUCUUCCUCAGCUCAACGUACUUACCUGCUUACCUAGUAGCUGCCUUUGCCAAGCGAUUGUCCCGUCUAGCCCUGACGGCGCCCCCGACAGCCCUGACGCUGGUCAUUCCGUUCGUCGGUAACCUGCUUCAUCGGCACCCUAGUUGCCAGGUGAUGGUGCACAAAACCAACGGGCCAUCAGAACUUGAAGAUGAUCCUUACAUAAUGGCAGAGACAGACCCAGCCAAAUGCCGCGCCAUGGACAGCUCACUUUGGGAGAUGCAAACCCUCAAAUCCCACUACCACCCUGGGGUGGCCACAGCGGCUGCCUGGAUUGACAGGCCCUUACCUAAAGAAGAAUGGGACGUCUCUGAAUACCUAGAGCUGUCUACUGCAGAGAUGAUUGGCUGGGUGGCGAAUAAGAAGAUGAGGACAGCCCCUAUUGAGUUUGAGCCACCUAAAGGGCUGUUCGGGGAGAAAGAUGACACCUUCGCCGAGUUCUGGACUUAUGAUUGAAAACAUGUCUUUUUCAAAUUAUUUAUCCAAUUGUUCUCAUGGAAUGCAAUGCAUAAUUGUUUGCGUUUUACUCGUAAAUUAAAAGACCAGUUACAGCUGUGUUGUGUCUUUGGGCAAGCUACUUUACCCCAACUUGCCUCUUUCCACCCAGGAGCAUGCAUGGGCACCGGCAUUAGCUGAGGAGUAACAUCUGCCAUGGACUGGCAUCCCGUCCAGGGGGAAUAGUACUAUUCUCAGUUGUUUUAUGCCAUGGAGAUGAACUGGAGAUAACACCAGCCUGAUGGGCCAUAUUGACUUGACUUUACCAUGAAACCUCCUGGGACUAAAAAUGGACUGUAAUUGCCUGCAGAAGUCGCACAUGCGCACUAGUUUCCCCCCAUUUUUCGGGGGAGAUUUCAGCAGUUUCCCUAGACCUUGUUCUGACAAGUCCGUGGGCGAUAUUGGUUAUCUCAGGCUAUCGCGUAUCAAACAAUAACAACGUCUAGCCCCUAGA